UACGAAGAAACGUACGCAAAAUUCACCUGCUUCUCUUCGAUAGAAAUUUUAACACUCUUUUGCUCUCUUGUUGGAGUGCAAAACCCCCAUUCUCUCUCUACAUUUUGCAUACCUCUGCGCGCACUACUCAUAUCUUGAUCGCAGCAUUCGAGUGUGUGUAGCUCGGUGGAUCUUGAUCGAUACGGUUUCCCUGCUGCCGAACUCAGUGUAGAAAAUGCCGCUCAGACUAGAAAUCAAGAGGAAACUUGCACAAAGAUCAGAAAGAGUAAAGUCUGUGGAUCUACAUCCAACAGAGCCAUGGAUAUUGGCGAGCCUGUAUUCGGGGACUCUUUGCAUCUGGGAUUAUCAGACCCAGACAAUGGUUAAAUCUUUUGAGGUUACUGAACAGCCAGUUAGAUCUGCUAAGUUUAUAGCACGAAAACAGUGGGUGGUUGCUGGCUCUGAUGACAUGCACAUACGUGUCUACAAUUACAAUACAAUGGAUAAGGUUAAAGUAUUUGAGGCCCACACAGACUAUAUCAGGUGUGUGGCAGUUCAUCCCACUCUCCCUUAUGUGUUGUCAUCCUCAGAUGAUAUGCUCAUAAAACUCUGGGACUGGGAAAAGGGGUGGUUAUGCACUCAAAUAUUUGAGGGUCACUCCCACUAUGUGAUGCAAGUGACUUUUAAUCCUAAAGAUACCAAUACUUUUGCCAGUGCAUCUCUUGAUCGCACCAUUAAGAUUUGGAACCUUGGCUCCCCUGAUCCGAAUUUCACUCUUGAUGCUCACCUGAAAGGAGUCAACUGUGUUGAUUAUUUUACUGGUGGUGAUAAACCUUAUUUAAUCACUGGCUCUGAUGAUCACACUGCUAAGGUUUGGGAUUAUCAGACAAAGAGUUGUGUCCAGACACUAGAAGGACACACGCAUAAUGUUUCGGCAGUUUGUUUCCACCCUGAACUCCCCAUUAUAAUAACAGGUUCUGAGGAUGGUACAGUUCGCAUAUGGCAUUCCACCACAUAUAGACUUGAAAACACAUUGAAUUACGGUUUUGAAAGAGUUUGGGCUGUUAGUUACAUGAGAGGAUCAAGACGGGUUGUAAUUGGCUAUGAUGAAGGAACCAUAAUGGUAAAGCUUGGUCGAGAAGUACCUGUUGCAAGCAUGGACAACAGUGGGAAAAUUAUAUGGUCUAAGCAUAAUGAGAUCCAGACAGUCAACAUUAAGAGUGUUGGGGCCGAUUAUGAUGUUGCUGAUGGAGAGAGAUUGCCUUUAGCUGUGAAGGUGGGAACCUGUGACCUUUAUCCACAGAGUUUGAAACACAACCCUAAUGGUAGGUUUGUUGUUGUAUGCGGGGAUGGUGAGUACAUCAUAUACACAGCUUUGGCAUGGAGAAACAAAUCCUUUGGGUCAGCUUUGGAAUUUGUUUGGUCCACAGAAGGAGAAUAUGCUGUUAGGGAAAGUACAUCAAAGAUUAAGAUCUACACUAAAAAAUUCCAGGAGAAGAAAAGUAUCCGCCCUACAUUUUCGGCUGAGCACAUCUAUGGUGGCACUUUAUUGGCAAUUUGCUCAAAUGAUUUUAUUUGUUUCUAUGAUUGGGCUGAAUGCAGGUUGAUCCGACGUAUUGAUGUCAAUGUUAAGAAUCUUUACUGGGCUGAUAGCGGUGAUUUGGUGGCCAUUGCUAGUGAUUCGUCAUUCUACAUACUUAAGUAUAAU